AUGGUCAAUAUCACAGAAGUCAAGGGCAGUGGUCGAGAUCACAGAACCGCAGCACACACCCACAUAAAAGGCCUGGGUCUCAAAUCAGAUGGCACAGCCGAAACCUUAGGCAAUGGCUUCAUUGGCCAAGUCGCAGCCAGAGAAGCCUGCGGUGUGGUCGUAGACCUCAUCAAGGCUAAGAAAAUGUCAGGAAGAGCGGUCAUGCUAGCGGGUGGUCCAGGAACAGGAAAGACAGCAUUGGCACUCGCUGUUGCGCAAGAGCUGGGUACGAAGGUGCCUUUUUGUCCGAUCGUUGCUAGUGAGGUCUUCUCUGCAGAGGUCAAGAAGACGGAAGCUUUGAUGGAGAACUUCAGAAGAGCCAUUGGACUAAGAGUGAGGGAGACAAAAGAGGUCUACGAGGGCGAGGUCACAGAGCUCAUACCUGAGGAGGCUGAGAAUCCGCUUGGUGGUUAUGGAAGGACUAUAUCACAUCUUGUGAUCACCUUGAAGAGCGCAAAAGGCACAAAGAAACUGCGACUAGACCCAAGCAUAUACGAAGCUAUUCAGAAGGAGCGAGUCACAGUCGGAGAUGUCAUCUACAUUGAGGCCAAUACUGGCGCAUGCAAACGAGUCGGCCGAUCAGAUGCCUAUGCUACAGAAUUCGACCUCGAAGCUGAAGAGUAUGUACCAAUACCGAAGCGAGAAGUACACAACAAGAAAGAGGUGGUGCAAGAUGUCACACUACACGAUCUAGAUAUGGCAAACGCGAGACCACAGGGUGGGCAGGAUGUUAUGAGCAUGAUGGGCCAGCUGAUGAAGCCGAAGAAGACAGAGAUUACGGACAAGCUGAGAGCAGAGAUUAAUAAGGUGGUCAGCAGAUAUAUCGACCAAGGUGUCGCCGAGCUCGUACCUGGUGUGCUCUUCAUCGAUGAGGUACAUAUGCUGGACAUUGAGUGCUUUACAUACCUGAACAAAGCACUAGAAAGUCCAAUAUCACCUAUCGUCAUCCUGGCCUCGAAUAGAGGUAACACGGUUAUUCGAGGUACUCAAGACAUAACUGGCGCUCAUGGCGUACCUCCAGAUCUAUUGGCACGAUUGUUGAUUGUUCCUACUCAUCCAUACAACCCACAAGAAAUCCAGCAGAUCAUCAGGAUAAGAUCGAAGAUUGAGGCAGUUGCGAUCUCAGAUGCUGCAUUACAGAAGGUGUCAGAACAUGGUGCUAAGGUGUCUUUGAGGUACGCCUUACAAUUGCUUACACCUGCGAGCAUCUUGGCCAAGGUCAAUGGAAGGCAGGAGAUCAACCCAGACGAUGUUGCUGAGUGUGAAGAUCUAUUCAUUGACGCGAGGAGGAGUGCGAAGCUGUUUGAGAGUUCAGCUGGUUUUGUGAGUUGA